AUGAAAAAGAAAGAAAAUAUACAAUUAUUAAAUUUUGUAUAUUAUAAAUUUUAUUUAACAUUUAUUGUUGGGUUGUUAUAUGUAUUUUUAUUGAAUAUAUUAAUUAAAGGAGGUCGUUCAAAAAAUGGUGUGCAUUUUACUAAUAUUAGAUGUGUAAGGAUUUUCUCAGAAAAUAUAAAAAAUAUUGAUGAAAUAUCCAAGAAUAUAUUCUUGUAUAAUAUAAAAAAGGAUGAUAUUUUAUAUAGGGAUUCAUUAGAUAAAAUAAAUGAAAUAGAUAAUAAAAUAAAGUAUAAUUCCUUAAAGGAAGAAGAUAUAAUACUCUUAAAAGAAGGGAAGUAUAAGAAUGAUUAUAGUGAUAUUAAUUUAUUAAAUAGAAAUAAUGUGUAUAAAAAUGAUGAUGAAUCUUUUAGAAAUUACCAUAAAAGAAAUAAUAAUGAAGAUAAAAAUGUGAAUAUUAAAUCUUAUAUAUAUAAUUGGGAAUUAGGUCAGAAAUCCUUAAUAAAAAUGUUAGAUUAUGCAGAUAAUUUUUAUUUUAAUGGUGUGAAAUAUAGUGAUUGGAAAUUAACAUCUAUGAGAAGAUUUAAUUUAAAUAAUAAUGUUUUGAAGGAUCAUAAAACAUAUAAAACUAUAAUUAAUUCAAAAAAAAAACAGGAUGAUAAGAAAAAAGUAAAAUUAUUUAUAAAAAAAAUACCUAUUGAUAUAUGGGUAGAACAAUUUAAUUUGAUGAAAGAAUAUGAAGGAGAAUAUUUAAUAGAUAAAGAAAAUUAUGUAAUGGAAGCAGUUUCUUUAGCUUUUUUGAAUGAAUAUUAUCCAGGAAUAACACCUAAAUUUUAUAAAAUAUUAUAUGAGUCAGAUAAAAAAAAUAUUAAAGAAAAGAAUUACAAAAAAUAUAAAUUUCAUGAUUUAAAUGAAUUAAAUGAUAUAUUAACAAAAGAAUUAGAAAAUAAUAUUAAUGGUAAUAUAGUAUUAAUAUCUGAAUUUUUUGGUGAAAAUGUAUUUAAUUAUAUAAAAAGGAAAAAAAAUAAUAUAUUUGUUGUUUCCGAUAUAAGUAAUGAAGAUAAAAAAAAAAUUCUUUAUAAUUCAUUAAAUUUAUUAAUGAGGUUACAUAAUGCUGGAUUAACUCAUCUUGAUUUAUCUCCUGAUAAUAUGUUAAUUUCGCCAAAAAAUUAUGAAAUGCGCCUAUGUGAUUUGGCUCAAACUACACCUAUGUAUACUAAUAAAUUAAGACAUAAAGAAAAAGUAAAAUUUAUACAACCUUUUGAAUCGUUUGAACCUUGUAUAGGAAAAAUUGAAUAUAUACCUCCGGAAUGUUGGAAAAUUGUGUGGAAAUAUAAACUAAAUAAAAUUAAAAAUCCAAUUGAAUAUUUAAAAAAUAUUUCAAACCAAGAAGAAAGAAAAAAAUAUUAUUAUGAUGUAGGAAUCUUCUUUAUUUGGAUGUGGAAUAAUGGUUUUAUAUGGAAAUGUUCAGAUCCAAUACAAGAUAAAAUUUUUCAAAUUUUUAUAAGAUCAAAUAUGGAUUUGAAUACAUUUAUCAUGACAAAAAGUUGGCCUCAUGAACUGAACAAUUUGAUUAACAAAUUGUUACAUAUGGACAAUAGGAAGACUGUAAAAUUAAGUGAUUUGUGUACGCAUCCAUGGUGGUCUAGUAAAUAUUAA